CCGACCGACUGACCGGCCAACCAAGCAGCUGUCCAGCCUCUCUGCUUGCCUGCCUUCCUGCUUCUCCAGCCAGACCUGCCAGCCAGCAAGGGUGAGGGGAUUGGCUACUUUUUCACCACCACUGGAUUCUACCACCACCACCACCACCAAACACUACAGACACCAGAUUCUGGUGCUUACAAUUAUCCACUCAUCACGGUUACUGCUACUGUCGCUGGCCUCACCACCACCACCACCACUACUACCAUUAACACCACAGCCACCAGACUCUGGUGCUGACCAACAUCCACUCAUCACGGCUGCUGCUGCUGCUGCUACUGCCCCUGCCCCUGCCGCUGCCCUCUCUCCUCAGCCAUGACUCUCCUCACAGGGGAGGAAAAGCCCGGCAGGUUCCACGAGCCAGGCAGCCACGUCACAACAACAGCAGCCACAAACAAGAGCCGCCACCACAGCAGGGACGCUGGAGCAGGAGGAAGGGAGAAGAAGAACAAGAUGUAUCCGGAUUUGGGCGGCACGACAGACCCGGACGGGGACGGAGGAGACGGAGACCCCGAAGACGGCGGGGACAUGGAGCUGUCGGUGUUCGGGGCGGUGGAGCCGCCGCGGCGCUCGCGGGGCCGGCUGGUCAUGCACGGCAUGGUGAUGUUCGGCCGGGAGUUCUGCUACGCGGUGGAGGCGGCCUUCGUGACGCCGGUGCUGCUGAGCGUGGGCCUGCCGCGCAGCCUGUACAGCAUGGUGUGGCUCAUCAGCCCCGUGCUGGGCUUCAUGCUGCAGCCCGUCAUCGGCUCGGCCAGCGACCACUGCAAGUCGCCCUGGGGCCGCCGGCGGCCCUACAUCCUCGCGCUGGGCGUCAUGAUGAUGGUGGGGCUCACGCUGUUCCUCAACGGAGACGCCUUUGUAUCAGCCUUGGUGGUGGACAAGGCAUUGAAGACCAUCUGGGCCAUUGUCAUCGUCAUGUUUGGAGUAACCCUGUUUGACUUUGCGGCGGACUUCAUCGACGGCCCUGUCAAGGCCUAUUUGUUUGACGUGUGCUCCUACCAAGACAAGGAGAGAGGCCUGCACUACCACGCUCUGCUCACAGGUCUCGGGGGAGCCUUCGGAUACCUGAUUGGCGCCAUGGACUGGGGCCACUCGUCGCUGGGCGCCCUGCUGGGCUCGGAGUACCAGGUCAUCUUCUUCUUCUCGGCGCUGACGUGGGGCAUCUUCCUGAUAGUGCAUCUGUUCAGCAUUCCCGAGAGGCCCCUGGGCAGGUGGGGGGACUCGGACGCCCAGGGCCCUGCCGGCGCCCUCCCUCUGCUGGGCAGCAACACCCCGGGCUACGGGGCGCUCUCCAAGGACCCCAUGCCCCUCACGGUGCCCGCCCCGGAGAUCAGGCCACGCUCCUUCUCGGCGCUGAGCGAAGCCAACGCCGUGACGCCCAGCGCCAAGCAGCCAAACAAGGAGGUGCAGAAGCGUAUGAAUGUGCGGAGCCUGCUGCUGGCCAUGAUCCACAUGCCCAGCCACUACCGGCUGCUCUGCAUCAGCCACCUCCUGGGAUGGACCGCCUUCCUCUGCAACAUGCUCUUCUUCACCGACUUCAUGGGCCAGAUUGUGUACAAAGGGGACCCCUACGCCGAGCACAACUCGACGGCCUACGCCACCUACGAGAGGGGGGUGGAGGUGGGCUGCUGGGGCCUGUGCAUAAACGCUGUGUCAUCUGCUCUCUACUCGUAUGCCCAGAGGCUGCUGCUGCCGUACAUUGGUCUGAAGGGUCUCUACUUCGUGGGCUACUUCGUCUUCGGCCUGGGCACCAGCCUCAUCGGCCUGUUCCCCAACGUCAUCGCCACACUGACCCUCUGCAGCGUGUUCGGAGUGAUGUCCAGCACCCUCUACACCAUGCCCUUCAACCUCAUCUCCGAGUACCACAGGGAGGAGGAGGAGCGGAGGAAGCUGGGUCUGGAGGAGCCAUCGGUGCACCGGCGGGGCAUGGGCGUGGACUGCGCGGCCCUGACAUGCAUGGUGCAGCUGGCUCAAAUCAUAGUGGGCGCCGGGCUGGGAGCCCUGGUCAACCUAGCAGGCAGCGUCAUAGUGGUGGUCCUCUCAGCGUCGACGGUGUCCCUCUUCGGCUGUGUCUUCAUUGCCCUCUUCAUCAGAAAUGUGGAUUAAGCCAUGUAAAAAAAUAUUAUGUAUUAUGUAUAAAAAUUAUAUAAUAAA